GAUGCAGUGAGAGCAUUGAACUCAAUCUUCCAACAAUGGGACACACAGGCACCGCCGAAUUCCUGGAAUAUCAGCGGCGAACCAUGCACCGGAACUGCUCGUCACCCAAACACGACCGUUGUCACUGGUCCUGCCAACGAUCUGGCCAUCGCAUGAGAGUGGCUGCACAGAACAUACAAGGGGUGAUGCCGGAGGAGCUUUUGGCUUUCAAAUUCUUAAUCUCUCUGGAACUCCCGCUAAAUUACCUCACCGGUCCCUUGCCGGCAUGGAUUGGGAAUUUAUCUACAUUGCAGCAGUUGAAUAUUGCUGCCAAUGCAUUCUCUGGGUCCAUUCCUACGGAGCUUGGAAAUCUCAAGGAGCUAACUGCGCUAUUCCUUGUUGUUAAUAAUUUCUCUGGAACACUCCCACCAGAACUUGGUAAUUUAGUCAAACUUGAACAACUUUUCAUUGACAGCUGUGGAGUUGGUGGUGAAAUUCCCUCAACAUUUGCUUACCUUCUAAACAUGCGAGUCAUGUCGGCAUCAGACAAUCCUUUCACAGGGAAGAUACCUGAUUUCAUUGGCAACUGGACAAAACUUACAGCAUUGAGACUUGAAGGGGACUCCUUUGAAGGUCCUAUACCAUCCAGUUUUUCUAAAUUAACCUAUCUAAAUUCCCUGCGAAUCAUUGGUUUAUCCAAUGUGAGCUCUUCUCUCGAUUUCAUUAGAAAUUUAAAGAGGUUAACUGAAUUGUUUCUUGGAAAUAAUAGUCUGUCUGGUACCAUCCCUAGCCAAAAGAGUGAAAACCUAAUAAAUAUAGAUUUAUCUUACAAUUUUCUGUCUGGAAGCUUUCCCUCAUCGGUGAACACAAUCUCACAACUGAAUCUAGUAGCCAACAACUUCACAUUUGACAAGUCAAACAUAAGUCUUUUUCCAGGAUUGAAUUGCCUUCAAAGAAGCUUCCCAUGCAACAGGAACCCUCCACUAUAUGCAAACUUUGCAAUCAAUUGUGGCGGGCCAGAGAUGACUGCUGAUGGGAUGACAUACGAAGCUGAAGACUCUUCUCUUAGCAUAGCAUCAUUUAAUGUAAUUGAUACCGAGAAAUGGGCAGUUAGUAACGUGGGUUCGAUUUCUGGUGGAAAUUUUAACGGCUAUAGGGAAAAUAGCUUGGAACCAGUGAGAAACACAAACUCGCCGGAGCUUUAUCAGACUUCAAGGAUAUCUGAUGGAUCACUAAGAUACUAUGGCUUAGGCCUAGAGAAUGGGCCUUAUACAAUUAACUUGCUUUUUGCAGAAACAGCUCUCAGAGAUCGAAGCAAACAUACUUGGAAGAGUCUGGGAAGGCGAGUUUUUGAUAUUUAUAUUCAGGGAACCAUUGUAUUGAAGGAUUUUGACAUAUCAAAUGAGGCAGGUGGGGUUGACAGAGCAAUCACCAAGAAUUUCAUUGCUACUGUAUCAGAAAACCAUCUUGAAAUUCACCUAUUAUGGUCUGGUAAAGGAACUUGCUACAUGCCACAAGAAGGUUACUGUGGACCAUCCAUUUCAGCAAUCAGCGUGGUAUCAAAUUUCCCACAUACAGCAAAAGAGAAUAGGACUAGGUUGAUUGCUGGUGCUGCGGUUCCUGUUGGGGUUGUCACCUUCACAUUGAUAUUGAUAUUUGUAGUCUUCUACAUGAGAAGGAGAAAAGACGAUGAUGGGGAAGAGCUUCUUGGAAUAGGACCCAGACCAAACACCUUCAGUUAUGCCGAGUUGAGAGCUGCAACAGAUGACUUCAGUCCCUCAAAUAAGUUAGGAGAAGGGGGAUUUGGUCCGGUAUACAAGGGUAAACUUUCUCAUGGGCGGGUGGUAGCUGUGAAGCAGCUUUCAGUAGCAUCUCACCAAGGGACAAGUCAAUUUGUUACUGAGAUUGCCACCAUAUCUGCAGUGCAGCAUCGCAACCUUGUUAAACUGUACGGAUGCUGCAUCGAAGGAAACAGACGCCUCCUUGUUUAUGAGUAUCUUGAGAACAAAAGCCUUGACCAAGCACUCUUUGGAAAUAAAGACUUGCAUCUUGAUUGGCCAACCCGCUUCAGUGUCUGCCUGGCAACUGCUAGGGGACUAGCUUAUCUUCAUGAGGAAUCAAGGCCGAGGAUCAUACACAGAGACGUGAAGACAAGUAACAUUUUGCUUGAUUCUGAGCUCUGUCCGAAAAUAUCUGACUUUGGAUUGGCAAAGCUAUAUGAUGACAAGAAAACUCACAUCAGCACCCGGGUUGCAGGAACCAUUGGCUAUUUGGCACCAGAGUAUGCAAUGCGUGGCCACCUCACCGAGAAGGCAGAUGUCUUUGGCUUUGGUGUUGUUGCUUUGGAAAUCCUUAGUGGAAGACCAAACUCUGACAACAGCCAGGACAAUGACAAGAUCUAUCUUCUUGAAUGGGCAUGGACCCUGUAUGAAAGCAACCAGAGUCUAGGUCUGGUGGAUCCAACCCUAGUUGAGUUUGAUGAAAAUGAAGCUUUAAGAAUGAUGAGAGUGGGACUCCUGUGCACCCAGGCAUCACCAAUGAUGCGACCACCCAUGUCAAGGGUUGUUGCUAUGCUUGCUGGGUAUAUCGAAGUGAGCCCUGUUGCAUCAAAACCAAGUUAUUUGACUGACUGGGAUUUUAAGGACAUAACAGCCAGCUUUGAAGCUGAACACUCAGCAUCUACUGGAUCUGAGCGUGGUGAUAACGAGAACAGCAACAAUCUUAAUCCAGAGAGAGCUGGUGGCUUCUCCAUUGAAUAUCACUGAAUUCAGUGACCUUAUCGGGGAAGGAAGGUGACACAUGUUGUUCCUUAAAAGCUCCAUUUUGCUACUUCUCUUGCUUCUACCUCUGCCACAUACUUUCCAGCUAUAUAAAGUAGAUACUGAAAUUGUGUGAAUUUCUAUCAUUCAUACCAUUUGUACGUUGAUCAUUUGUGUGUGUAAAUUGAAUGAGACGUUGAAAUAUUGGCAUGCAAUAAGGUUGCAGUGUUUGUAACUUAUGGAUGUCGUUUCUAUCAUGUUGUAAUAUACUUCAAAGCUAGAG